AUGGAGAAGGUUGUGCGUGUUUCUCCGGCGGUGGAAAGCGACGGCGGAGAAGGAAUCGGAAAAUGGAGAAUCGAAUCUACAGAGAAGGAGAAGAAAAUUCAUGGCGAUGAGAUUUACGACGCUGUUGUUGUUUGUAAUGGACAUUACAUCGAACCUCGUCUCGCUGAAAUUCCUGUUGUUGGCCAGGGAAGGAGAUGCAUAGCCAUAACUAUCGUCUUCCUUCACCAUUCAAAGAUUAGCUCUGCGAGUGUUGUUGAUAUAAGCAGAGACAUUUCCGGGUUUGCCAAAGAGGUUCAUGUGGCUUCUUGGUCAAAUUCAGCUGAUACUUUUACCAAGCAGAACGGUUACACUAACAUAUGGAUGCAUUCGAUGAUUGAGCGUGUCCAUGAGGAUGGUUCUGUGGUUUUUCAGAACGGGGAAACGGUUUUGGGUGAUGUUAUUAUGCAUUGCACUGGUUAUAAGUAUCAUUUUCCGUUUCUUGACACCAAUGGAGAAGUUACUGUUGAUGAUAACUGUGUUGGACCAUUGUACAAACAUAUUUUUCCUCCAGCGUUAGCACCGUGGCUCUCCUUCGCAGGGAUACCAUAUAAGGUUUUACCAUUCCCUAUGUUUGAGCUGCAAAGCAAGUGGAUAGCGGGUGUUUUGUCGGGUCGGAUCAAGCUUCCUUCGAAGGAGGAUAUGAUGGUGGAAACCAAAACCAUGAAGGACACAUUUGAAGCCUUGGGGAUUCCUAAGCGAUUUACGCACUGUUUGGGGAUUGACCAAUUUGAGUACUAUGAUUGGUUGGGUUCACAAAUAGGGUGCUUAGGAACAGAGGAGUGGAGGAAAGAGAUGAGUUUGCCUAUUUUCAUGAGGAAGAUGAAACAUCCCAAAAUAACGGUUGUUGACUUUGGUGGGACAUCACUGUAUAUAGAGUAA